UUUUAUGACUCACUCGGCUCAUGGCUACUUGAGUGCAGUCGGGAGGAGCAGAGAGGAGACUGCGAAGAGUGCACUGGAGACAAUCGGGAUGCCCCUCUUCAACGCCGCAGUGUCUUCUGUUCUAGGUGUAUGUUUGCUGGCGGCAGCUGAGACAUAUGCGAUGCAGUCUUUCUUCUUGACCAUGACUAUUCUGAUGGUGUUGAGUUUCUUCUACGGGGUGGUGGCUCUCCCUGUUAUCUUCUCCAUCCUCGGAUCCAGAUGGGACCCCAUCAACUGGGCCUCCGAAGAUCGGACAUUCUCAUGGAGGACAAUUUUCAAGACUCAGCUCUACCCUGCGAAGAGAUUUUCACACGACAACAAACAGAAUGCAGUGUUGUUCGGACGCACUUCUUCUUCGUACGCUACGACACGCGACCACGUUAGUUCCGGAAAGAGUACCGAAACCUCCGAAAACCAGCGGAACUCCACGCCAACUGGAUCCAAGAAAAGCAAAAUUGCAAGUGGAAAUAGUCAGCAGACAUCUUCGGGACAGAAAAAUUCACAACAAAGAAGUGUGAAACAGAGUGAAAACACUGAAAUUAUUGUGAAAAGUCCAGAAUAAACUACUCCCUUAUUAGUUGAAAAAUAGUUGAAAAAUCUCUCAUA